CUUUGGUAUUGCCAGACUUUUCCCAUAUGGUCACACUAGCACGAGGGAAACCAAAACAUUGAAAUUAUUCCGAUCUUGGGUAUUUCCACUACAAACCCCAACCAUGGACCCAGAUCUGUACCAGGGACACUCUAUUUUCCGGAAUCAACCAUCCUACAAGGUUUUUAACAGAUCUUUCGAGGAUAAGAACGAUUCAUUCUACGCAUUCAUAAACGAAGUAGACCCGGAGGUGCUUCGUGAGGAACAUGAAGGAGUCUCCAAAACCUUCACAUCCUAUAAGACCAACUUUGCGUUAAAGGAUCCACGUACCAAGGAAAUUCCAGGGAAAGUGGCUUACGAUCAUACGAAUGAAAGACUCGGCUACGACUUCCACAAUCCCCAGAAACAGUACUCCGCCUUGAAACAGAACGAACAGGGAGCCUGUGUUCGAGUGCUCCUAUCGUUGCAGGGAGGAGAACCUUCCUCGGAGAAGGACAUUGAAGAUUGGAACGCCACAGAGGGAAAGCGCUGCAACGAGCGUCAGCAAGUGCAGAAGCACUUUCACGAUUAUGAACUUUCCAAGAAAGAAGUCAUUUACUUGCCAAUGAAGCGACUGGUCGCAGUAUAUAGAAAGUGGUACGAUAAAAAGGUGGAUGCGAUUAUAAAGAACUAUCCCAAUGAGACAUACAUAACAUUUUCCGGAUUGCCACAUCUCUCCCAGUGCAAGAGCCUCAACGCAGAAACGGCCAGCAUAGAGGAAAUAGAACUGGAGCGGAUCAAAGGCCGUGUGCGGCUGUGGCCGGAGGUUGACGUUAAAAGGGAAGCCUUUCGGACACUUAAUGUACGUCUGGAUCGGUAUUCGGACGGGUCAACUGAGCGUUUGGGUAAUCUCUUAAGGGAGGAUGGAAAAAAGGCUGAGCUGGAGGCAAGAAACAUAUUCGUUCUGCCCUUGGAAUCGUUGCUAAUGCUCUUGACAUGCGGAUCUUACGUGGAUCUGGCUUCAGAAAUGUUUCUCAGUAUAAAGGAAUCAUCCUACAGUGCUUACAAAUGCGUGGAGUUUCAGCAUCCGUUACCAGCCCGCAACUGUGGCUGGCAUACGAACAACAUGGUCUUGGGCCAGGCCUUCCAUGCUUACUCAUCCCAGCCCGGAGAAGCUGAGUGGUUGGACUACAAAUCAAAUGAAAUCAGGAACAAAGUACCAUACCCACUUGUCGGCGAAACCCCCUCGCUCAAUCUGAAAAUGAGCUAUGAGCCGCACUUGAUUGCUGAAGACUCAUCGGGAAUUGUAGAUAGCAACAGCAAUUGCGCUCUUGUAAGUUGGAUCUUGAAGAGUCAGGAUCAUAAUUUCCAAAUGUUCAGCACUUUAUCCAUACCCGCAGUAAGGGAUUCAUAUGGAAAGAAGUUACUCGGUUGCCAUUUGAUUAAACUGGAGAACAAGCCAGACUGUGGCUGCGAAAUCAUGACCAAAUAUGAGCUUCUCAAAGCCUGGCUGCAAAUAAAACUCUUGCAGGCUGAGUCUGGCCAUUGCACACGGAUAUCUCUGCGGGACUUUGACCCGGUUUUGGAGGAAAAACUGACCCUGGCAUCCUUGGAACAACAGCUGCACGACUACUACAACACAAGCAUGCCGCAAUUACUUUCCAAUCUCUUCGAGUUUCUCAAAAUCUUUCACACGGUGCCGGUGGGCGAUUACCUGCUGCGAUAUUCCCCCAAAUACAAGGAUAAGUUCCUGCUGUGCACCACCACCAAACAGGCUUCAACCCAGUCGUUUCAGCUGCAUCAGGUAUUAAAGGAUGCCGUCCCCAGCGAUCAAAACUUUUUAUCCCAAAGCAGUUAUCUUCCCAUUUCGGCCACGCUAUGUGGUCGCAUGCACGAGGAAUUGCAAUUGGUUCCGUGUUCAUUUCCUGCCAAACCAAAGGGGAAGCUUGCAAAACGUAAAGCUAACGCAAUCGGACCCGUAUCCAUUCCCAUCCCGAAAGCGCCUAUCAGAAAACCACGUCAAAAGCCACCACAGAAGCCUUCUGGGUUACGCUGCCGAAACAAAACCCAACAGAAGGCUCGAGCAAAAGCCCGGAAGAAAGAUGUUAAGGAGCAGGAAGCCAAGUUGGAAAAGUUCAUGGACCUGUAAAAUAUAUCCCCGACUACGCACCGUUUUCAGUACAAACUUAAUUUUCUUAAAAAAGAAUUAUAAAUUAUUUUGACUAACUUAAAGAGGAUGUUAGGCGAAAGCCUAUAAAAUAAAUAACUUUUUGAAACAAACUUUUUACUUAAAAGAGAAUAAACUUUUUUAAUCCGAUG